CUGGGCAUGCGCCAGCGCGCCGGGGCUGGCGCGUCGGGGCCUCAGGUAGUGCGCGGUGGCGCCGCCGGCGACCGGCCGCUUCGCUCUCCGCACUGUGGAGGUUCCGGGGCGUCUGCUCGGGCCCUCUUGGUCCCGAGGCCUCCGUGUGAGCGGUGGGCCCCGCGGCCGGCCGGGCUCCUCGCGCCGAGGCCGCCGCCGUGACCCCGCCCCCGGGCCGAGGAUGUGAGGCGGGCCGGGCGUCCCCGCAGCGGGCCCGGGCGCCGCGAGUGGGCGUCUGGGCCGCGCCGGGCGAUGGCCCUGCUGCCCGUGCUCCUAGCCUCCCGGGGCCUGGGACAGUGAGGGCGCCGGCGGGCGGGGGCCCGGGGGUCGCGGGCGCCAUGGAGGGGGUGCUGUACAAGUGGACCAACUAUCUGAGCGGUUGGCAACCUCGGUGGUUCCUUCUCUGUGGGGGAAUAUUAUCCUAUUAUGAUUCUCCUGAAGAUGCCUGGAAAGGUUGUAAAGGGAGCAUCCAAAUGGCAGUCUGUGAAAUUCAAGUUCAUUCUGUAGAUAACACACGCAUGGACCUGAUAAUCCCUGGGGAACAGUAUUUCUACCUGAAGGCCAGAAGUGUGGCUGAGAGACAGCGGUGGCUGGUGGCCUUGGGGUCAGCCAAGGCUUGCCUGACAGAUAGUAGGACCCAAAAGGAGAAAGAGUUUGCAGAAAACACUGAAAACUUGAAAACCAAAAUGUCAGAACUUAGACUCUACUGUGACCUCCUUGUUCAGCAAGUAGAUAAAACAAAAGAAGUUACCACAACUGGUGCGUCCAAUUCUGAGGAAGGAAUUGAUGUGGGAACUCUGCUGAAAUCAACUUGCAAUACUUUCCUGAAGACCUUGGAAGAAUGUAUGCAAAUCGCAAAUGCAGCCUUCACUUCUGAGCUGCUCUACCGCACUCCCCCAGGAUCACCGCAGCUGGCCAUGCUCAAGUCAAGCAAGAUGAAACAUCCUAUUGUACCGAUUCAUAAUUCACUGGAAAGGCAAAUGGAGGUGAACAGUUGUGAAAAUGGAUCUUUAAAUAUGGAAAUAAAUGGAGAUGAAGAAAUUCUAAUAAAAAGCAAGAGCUCCUUGUAUUUGAAAUCUUCAGCGAUAAACUGCAGCAUAUCAAGUGAGGAAAAUACAGAUGAUAAUAUAACAGUCCAAGGUGAAAUAAUAAAGGAAGAUGGAAUGGAAAACCUGGGAAAUCAUGACAGCAACUUCACACAACCUGGGUCAGACUCAGGCUGCCCUCCAGAAUCCCACUGGGAAGAAGACAAAGAAGUUAUCCCAACUUUCUUUAGUACCAUGAACACCAGCUUUAGUGACAUUGAACUUCUGGAAGACAGUGGCAUUCCCACAGAAGCAUUCUUGGCAUCAUGUUAUGCUGUGGUUCCAGUAUUAGACAAACUUGGCCCUACAGUGUUUGCUCCUGUUAAGAUGGAUCUUGUUGGAAAUAUUAAGAAAGUAAACCAGAAGUAUAUAACCAACAAGGAAGAAUUUACCACCCUCCAGAAGAUAGUGCUGCAUGAAGUAGAGGCCGAGGUAGCCCAGGUUAGGAACUCAGCUACUGAAGCCCUCUUGUGGCUGAAGAGAGGUCUCAAAUUUUUAAAGGGAUUUUUGACAGAAGUGAAAAAUGGGGAAAAGGAUAUACAGACAGCUCUGAAUAACGCAUAUGGUAAAACAUUACGGCAGCACCACGGCUGGGUAGUUCGUGGGGUUUUUGCGCUAGCUCUAAGGGCAGCCCCAACCUAUGAAGAUUUUGUGGCCGCGUUAACCAUAAAGGAAGGUGACCACCAGAAAGAAGCUUUCAGUGCCGGGAUGCAGCGGGACCUCAGCCUUUACCUUCCUGCCAUGGAGAAGCAGCUGGCCAUACUGGACACUUUAUAUGAGGUCCACGGGCUGGAGUCUGAUGAGGUCGUAUGACGACUGCAGGACAGCGCCUCCUAACUUCAGGGAAUACCGUUUGCUAAAUGUUCUGUUGCCCUACUUUAUUUCCAGCAACAGCCUCAACCCACUCCAGCCCGUUCACUUGUGGGGAUGGACGGGAGGAGGCAAAACCCAGUGCUUUUAUAUAUCAUUUUUAAAAUGAAUAUGUGAUUUGUGUGUUUAAAAAUCAAGGUGCUAUAUAUUUCAGUUCAGCAGGCCUACUGGAAACCAAAUCAUAGCUGUUACAGACUUGAACGGCAAGUUGCAAGAGCAGAUUUGAAAAAUGAAUUUGCUGUUAUUUUGUAUUGUUUUUAUUUUAGUUUUAAUGAACCACCCAAACUCAAGCUGAAAAUGAACAAAUUCAUAGCCAGUGUUUCAACCAACCUAGAAUUAGACUAAACACCUGGAGAGAGUGUUUGCCCUUUUGUUGAAGCUAUGUAGAACAACCUAGCUGUUCCUAGGUGGUCUUCAAUGGCUCCUCCUCCUCUCUGGCUCUGCCGGUGAUAAAACCUGUAUAGCAAAGAAGCUCAGGGCAUCCUUGUGACUAUGCAUUUGUAGGAGGUGGAGAAGACAUGGACAGGAGUGCCAUAUUGGCAGCAGGAGGCUGUGGCUAUGAGGAUACAAGUGGUAUGCCCUAACCCCAAGUUUGAGGGGAGAACAGGGAGAAGCAGGACAGGUCGUUUGAGAUGACACCUAGCUAGGCCUACCCUUUGCCAGCAUGUUUCCUAUGCAUUGUCUCAAUUGAACAUCACAAGGAAACUGUAAAUUCAUAGGGAUCAUUACCCCACUUCAGAAGUAAUGUUUAGAGGUUGAGGGAUCUGUUUACAGUCACAUGUCCAAGUGUGAUCUGGGCUGCACCUUCAUCAAAGUCACAUAGAGUGCUUGUUCAAAGAGCAGAUCCUCAGGCUUUAUUCUGAUCUAAAGAACCAGAAUCUAGCGUGUGGGACUUGGGAAUCUGUACUUCGAUAAAUUUCCUUGUAAUUAUUUUGCACAUGGUACAAAAAAUUAAAUAGAGUAAGUUCUAGUUUACAGAAUUCCCAGUCUUCUAUAAGAACUACAUGAUACAUUCUUUUUUCAAAGACAAAGAGGCCAUCAUUUAAAUAAAAUAGCUAAAUGGAGAGUGAGGAGUAGAGCGAGUCUACUCAGCAUCAUUCUUAAUCGAGGUAGCACUGGCACCCAGCCAGUAGGCCUUGGCAUUGCAUUCAGGGGCGAUAGCUCUGAAUCUGCUUUCUGAUCAAUCUUGCUUUAAUCACCAAGAGUGCAGAGCAAGCUAAAUGCAGCUGUUUAUUAGUCUCAAAAGCUUUGGGAUGGUAUCAGGGUUUAAAGAUAGGACUUAAGUAUUUUAUAAAACAAUGUUGGGCGGGCAUUUUUCUGCACGGCGUGAUGCCGAAACCUUGGCCCUACUCUUGUCAGUAGACCAAGCUGCCUAGAGUAUGCAGAGGAGAGAGGCCAUGGGUACCUUGCCCAUUGGUGGCUCCUUCCUUCUAAGUAACAGGAAGGGAAGUUCCAGCAUGAGGUAGUUCCCCAGGGAAAAGAUGAGGUCCCAUGAGUAGCUCAGGUGAACUAAGCAGUUCUAGAUGAUGCUGUUCCUGCUACAGAUCUUUAGGGUAGAGAGAAUCUUCUCUUUAGGCAGAAAGGUUCAUGUAGAGAGGGGUAUUGAUUUUACCUUUUGUCUGUCUUUAAGCAGAUGGACAUUUAUUUAGCUCAAAUUAAUAAAGCAAGUAUUUUGCUCACAUAGGACUUCUAGAAAAUUGUUAAACUUAGAAAACCAACAUCACAUGUUUUAAGACUAGGGAGAAAAGUGUGCUAAAAUGAUGCUGAUUAUUUUAUAUUUUAGCACUUGCCAAGGUACACGUGUUAUUUUCCUCCCACUCCCAUGACUGCUUAGUGUGGAUCCCCUUCUCUGCUUCGUUUGAAUGUGAUGGCAGGACCAGGGGACACUGUAGACGCCUGCCCUUGCCAUAGCCUCCUAAAAGGGAAACAGAAAAAGCAACCAGUCUUUGUUUGCACUUUGAAUGAAGAUGCUUUAGUCAUUGUAAGCUAUAGAGGGGAUGCUGCAAGGAGACUGUGACUACUAUGAAGCAUGAUCAUUCUAAGCAACUGCUGGUGUGCUGCCUGUCACCUCAGGUGAACUCUUGUGGUCUCUUGAGAGGAGGUGGGCACUUUGAAAAUACCUCAGGUUUGCCGCCAAGGCUCUGAAUACACACAGAAGGAAAGCUGCUCAGCGUGGGCAUUUCACGUUUGUAAAGGUACUGCCUAGGUGUACAUGACUCAUUUUUCUGGGGAAAAGCGGUUUGGUAUUAUCUGGGAUCAUUGGGAACCCAGACCCGACAAAAUAGCUUGAAUAACUUGAAUAAGUUACAUUUUAAUCACUAUUUUCCCAGCUCUGUCAAAAGAGGGUAAUGUUUUUAGAUAAAUAUCUUCCUCACUGGAGCAUAUUAAGUUUGCCUAAGAGGUGUAAACUUUGCCUAAGAUGUAUAAAACUGAGGAUCCUUAAAUAAAAAUAACUAGAAAUUGAACCUAUUACUAAACAAUAAAUUCAACUUAACUUGAACCUUGGCGUAGUCAGAGCUUCCUCCUAGAUCUACAGUAUUUGCUUUUUCCUUUUAGUUAAAGUCAUAAUUUGUGCUGAUGUGCAGUUACUUUCCAAGAAGAGGGCAAUGAGAAAAGAUACUUAGCGCUUUAUCUCCAUAGCCCUCCCAGAUUUCUGGGACCCCUAAGCUUUCUUUCACUGUGACCAUAAGAGGGGAUGAGGAAACUCUAGUAUGUUUGUUGACAGAGUAAUCACCUUGUUCUCAUUGCCCAAAACAUUUCUAAGAUUCCUUUUCUAGCAUAACAUUUAGAGAUACCCUGAAGAAAAAGGACAUAUGUCUUCUAGGUGUUAGUAGACACGAAUAAGUAACAUUUGGCUAACCCUUCAUGAUACACUUCCGAAUACAGAAUUUCCUUGUUGCCUGCAUUUCUCCUCAUGGUAGAAGCCAGGCUUUACAACUUGUAGGGCUCAGUGUAUGUUUACUGAUCCAUACAAAAAAAAUUUCAAUGAAGCCAAGUCUUUUGCCCUUUGAAAGCAAAUCAGAUUCAUCCUGGUGAACAGUGUUAACUUGGAGGGAUACCUUUUGGGAGCAAAACCAACUUGUAACUCUGGGGAGGUGAUUUUCUCACCAGCUCUUGAUCCACUUCUGUAGGGUGUUCCAGAAGAGAAACUCUCAGAACAUUGAGCAUCUGGUACCAGGGCAUUGACUCUGAAGGUACAUUCCUGAGGAUAUGUAAGUAGUGGCUUGAGGAACCUUCAUAUCACUGUUUGCAUGUCUUUCUGAACAUAAAGCUUCUCCAGCAUCUAUUCAUGAUGAGCUUCUGAACUCCAUAGUUCAGCCUUGCUGCUUUUCUCUCUUCUCUGCUGCUGAGAAUUGCCAGCAGUGUCCCCAUCAGCACACCGGUCUAUCCCCCUUACAUCCGUCCCAUUCCUCAGUGUAGCUUCUAGCACAUAUGUAGAGCAUCUGGGACCAACCUAGCCUGAGGCUGGGUGCCCAGUCUGUGGGGAUUCUGUUCUCUCCCAGACUGCAAGCACUGCCUGAGGAGCCCCUGUUCCCCUUUAGCAGGAAAGCAGGUGAGCACCGUGGUGUGUGGCACCCAGGAAGGUGGUCUUUCAUUAGGGGAGUGCUGCUGGAAAAGUUUGCACUCUUCUCUUUUUGGCUACUAUUUCCAAAAGAUUGAUGCUUUCAACUUUAUAUUUUCAGAAAAGUAUUUUUAAUUAAGAAAAACAUAUGAUAGGGACCAAUAAAUAAAGUGUACUUUUCUGUCCUAAGUUUGAAAUGAGGAGAAGAGCUGAAGUAAGAGCUUUCUUUUUAAGGAAACUUACUGGUUUGAUAAUCAUAUGAAGAAAUAUCAGUGGAGUCAGAGGGCCAUGAGCAAUAGAAGAUGAUGUGAUUUGGGAACUUUCCAGAGGAAAACAAUUUUUUGUUAUUUCUUACUAAACUAUCAUGUCCUACAAUAACUUGUUUACGUAAUGGUGCAUUUCUGGAUCAUUGACUAAAACCAGUUGCUUCUGAUUUUAGUCAUAGGUUUUACAACUGUUCGGCUCCCCCACCCUCAUGUUUCAUUCUUUUUUUUUAAAAGAUAAACUGUCAACCUUUUUUAAAUGUAAAAAUUUUUAGGUGUAGAAUUUAUAAGUAAGAAAACAUAUUUUAAACCAUUAUUCUGUUAGUUGAGCUAAGGUGUUUGGUCUUACAGGGGCAUGACUUCAGAUGCUCUUUGUGGUCUUGUACUGUCUGUACACAGACUUCAGUAUGUGUGGUAAAUUUGUAUCCCUGUGACGUGUAUAUAGAAUGCUUUAUUUAGAAAUAUGUCCUACUUCUGUCUGUCCCUUUGUAAUCUGCAGUUGCUUACUCAGGGGUUUCAUAGUAAUGACAUAAUUCAUUAUCUGUCUAAUGGUAUUUUAAGACUGUUCAUCUAUUACAAGAUCAUAGGGGUUCUUUCAACAAUUCCGUAAACAUGCUGUUUACUAGACCUUCCUUGUAAAUGUUCCCAAUUCCUGUCCUGUCUCAGACAGUUGAUGGUCCCAUGUACAGUGACCAUUUGCAUGAUUCUCGUUGCAUUGCUGCAUUCGGGCACUCCAGGGCAUGAUUAAACCAUCACUGCAGUGCCUCUCCGGUACAGUUGACGCAUGCAUUGAUCUGUCUCCUUUGCUGUUUUUGUAAAACCUUUAAUUAAAAGGAAAAAUACACAUACCACUACUCUGCAAUGCAAAAAUUUUCAAAAUUCUUUGGUUAUCCUUAUUAAUCACUUCUCUUUCAGCGUGAACAAAUGUUUUCAGCUAAGCUAUGUGAGAACAUAAGAACAAUAUCCUACUUAUUUUAAAUAUUUCAUAUAUUUUAAAGCGUGGUCAGUAUUUCCUCCCUGUCCCUUACAGAUGGAAACCACCCUGGGAUGGUGGGCACCCUUGCCAGCUGAUCUCAACCACACAGAUGUCUGUGUAUGUAUGUUAUAGGUGUCUGUGGAAUCAGUGUUGAUAGGAAGGGUGAUCCAGAAGUCAGUCUUAUUAGCCUUCCCAGAAGGCUAAUGAGCCAGUUCUAUGGCACGUUUAAUGAAAGAUUCACAUGUGUCAUGAGAAUUUCACUAGAAUGUCAUUAAACAGCCCAACUACCUCAUGUGAAAUUGGCUGUGGACAAUCUGUGUCAGAUGAGAAGUGUGUUCAGAUAAACUUAAUCUGGUGAAUAGAAUUUAAAAAUUGAUGUCUGUAUAAAGAAAAAACAUGUUAGACCAGACGCCAAAGGCUAAAAUGUACAUAGAUUUCCUUGGAUUAAUUUUUAAGUCAAUGUUUAAUUCCACACCCAGUAUUCCUAUGAAUGUUUGUGGUUUCAUAGAUUCAUGCACUUUGAAUAUCUGUCACAUGCAGUCUCAUGUUACCUGUUCUUGUCCCUCUGCAUUUUGAGUGAGCAUCAUGAUGACAGUAGAAAGCAAGUUCAACUACAAAAGUGUAAAGUGGUUUGUUGACAUCUUAAUUUAAUGGACCUUUACUUAGGAUAUAAUGUGUUGGGGCCUUUUAGGACCAACCAAUGAAUGAGAACUUCAUGUUUAGGCUUGUAUUGUUUCUCUGUCCAGGUUCUUAUUCUGUAUCUUGUGGGGAGAGAGCAGGGGAGGGUUUUACUUUUUCUGCAAAAAUGUUUGAAAAUAUCUGUCAGAUUUUAUAUUCAUUAGUUAUAAUAAACUUAUUUUUAAAGUAUUU